AUGGAUCUGAAGCUAGAUGACCUCGACUGGGAGGAAGUACGGUCAAUCAACUGCUAUGCCCUGUUCAUGGGGUACCUCUCGAUGGCCAUAAGGGGGAUGGGAUACCUUGUGCUUACAUGGUCCACCGUCGUUCUCCUGGGUGGCUUCGUCUCUGUGCUGGAGAACAAAGACUUUUGGUGUCUCACAAUUAUCACCCUCGUCCAAACAGCCGGGGUAUUUGAUGUCUCUCUGAAAGAGAAAAUGAGAUAUAUUGGGACAUCACGCUACGGCCUCCAGAGUGCUAUAUAUGCCAUGCUGAUCUGGAAAAACACAAACGGUGAUGGAAAAAAUGCUAAUGGCGAUGGACCCUCCGUGCCACGCCUAGUGGUAGUACUGAUUGUAUGGUUGGUUCACCUGCUGGUGGUCGCUGUUAUAUUGUUGCCUCUAUCGGUUCUCUACCUUUGUGGGCUGCUCUUCACCACUGGGAUUUCGGUGUGGCGUCUAAUACAACGUGAUUAUGGCCGCAAGGCGGAGGAUGGAUAUGCGAACCUGCAGCCGGCCCUGAAUGUCUUGUACUCGCUGGCUCUGUUCCAGGGUUCGCUCUUUUGUUACAGGUUGUUCUCGUCUUUUGCGCGCGAAGGGCUAGCGAGCGAGGUGGCGGAGAAGUACAAGAUGAACGGCCGUGCGCACAAAUCGGUGAAGAAGUACUUGCGGGAGACCAUGAUCGGGUGCGAGAAGGAUCCAUCAUUCGUCAAGGGAAGGAACCUAGUCACGUAUGCCGUGGGAAUGAUGAAAUCUGAAUCGUCUAAAAGCUUCCUUUCUGGGGCAAGGAUUUUGGACGCCCUCUUGGAGCACCCACUGCCACUGGAGGAGCAGCACGCGCUGAUAGCAGAGCUCGUCGGCUCCGCGUCCUCCACCCAUGUACUCGAGAAACUGCUCCAGGCACUGGAUUCCAGAAGCCCACACGACGAGAAGAUGAGGGGGGUCGCCGCAAACAUAGUGGCGCACCUCGCCGGCAAGAUCCGUCUGAAGCGAUUCCCUCGUGGGAUCCAGUGCAUAGGCUCGCUGCUUGAGAUAUCUCAGGGGCAAGCUGAGGAUGGCGACGAGUGUGCGCCGUCUGCUGACUACGACUACAAGAAGCUCAUGGAGAAAGGCCUGGUUAUCCUCGACGGGCUCGCCGCCGAUGAGCACAACUGCAGAGUCCUCGGCAACGCCGAGGGCCUGCUCGCCAAGGUCGUGGCGCCUGUAAGCUCCGACCUGCUCCACCUCAUCGACCAUGAUGCCUGGUCCAUUGUCGUGGCCGCGUCACUGCAGGUCAUGUGCCGCCUCGUGGCUGCUCCCGGAGAGACCGGUGCCAAGCUACGUAGCCAAAUCUCUAGCAACAAGGAAGCGAUCAAUAGCAUGGAGGGGAUUCUCAAAUGCGACGAAUGUGAUGAAAAGCUCCAGGUCCUGACCAUCAAGAUCCUCACGCAGCUGCCCAUGGACGUGGAUGUAUGUCCGACUGCUGUAAACACAGAAAGCAGAGGAAAUUUUGUCAAGAUACUCCCAGACAUCUUCACUUGUGACAGUAAGGACAGCUCCAUCAGAAAAUUGGCAGGCGAAGCCCUGGUCAUGCUAAGUCUAAACCAAAGCAACGCUGCCAUCAUCCUAAAGGCAAAUGACAAUGUUGUCCAAGAUCUCACCAAGAUCCUUUUAGAUGCUGAGGCCGACAGCACACAUCGAAUCAAUGCAGCUGAGACCCUGGAGCAUCUGUAUGUUCACUACAAAGAAAAUGACGACCAUCACAAGAAAAAACUCAAGGAGGCCAUGGAGGGCAUGAUGCGAAAGGUUCUCCCGAAAAUACUUUCUUUUGGGUCGAAAAAUAAUACAACACCAACAGAAAAAGGAACAGAAAAGGAUGUUGGUCCUUUGCUAGGCACGGGCGACGUAGAAGCCCAAGACGGUGAUGCUCCACAAGAUGAUGGCCGUGAUAACAACACUUCAGCGUGUCCACACAACGAUGACAAGCAUGUGGGAAGGAAAUUGCAUGCAGCUUUGCUAUCUCUUGCUACGGCAAUAUUCGAUAAAUUGACCAGCCAAAACCAUGAUUUGGCUCAACUGGUCAAUACAAUUUCUCCUGGAGAUUAUCCCACUAGCUUCGCCAUAAAGCUCAAUGUAAUGGUGAAAGCAAACAGUGACCCCACGGUAAGCUGUCUGAGGAUAAUGAAGAAUACAAGCAGGAUGGUCGUGUUAAUGAUGAAACACAAUGGCAACUACCUGAAACAACACUUGGUGAGCUUCCAUGACUUGAUAGACUCUCUUUCCACUGCUUGCAAAAAGAUGGCGUGCCUCGAAGGCUCUAUGAUUUUCUAUAGCUCGAAUCGUGGCGCGAUGAAGCCUGGCAGAACUCUUGCUUCUCUAGUGAAAGAAGCAGAGGAGCUUCUAGGCCAAAAGGAGCGAAAACGGCUGUGA